AUGACAACAAGAACCAGUUCGCCCGUUCCGUCUACUAGUUCAUCUAUUACUAAUGAACCUGCUAAGACAGAAAAUAACUUCAUGGAAUUGUCUGAAUCUGCAAUUUACGAUGAUACUGGUACUGAAUCCUCCAUAGAUGGUGGUCGUCAGAGUAAAGACUUGUGGAAACAAACUACACUCAUAGAUAUGUUUGAAAGAAGUUCAAGCUAUGAAGGGGGUCAAAAAACUAGCCAAAUAAAUCAAGCUUUGAUCUACAUGAUCUGCAAAGACAACAUGCCUCUAUCUUGUGUAGAAAAACCUGGAUUGAAAAGAUUUAUGAGUGUCGUUUGUCGACGCUAUAAGGUUCCAUCUCGAACUACUGCACACACAGCUGAUUAUAUAAAAGAAUGCUUUGAAAAUAUUACCGAAGAGUUCACAAUAGAAAAGGAUUGCAUUUUAUCAAUCACCACUGACGGUGGUGCUAACAUGGUUGCUGCAGUGAAACAAUAUUUGGGAGAUGGAAAAAGAAUUCCUUGCAUGGCGCAUUUGCUGAAUUUAAUAGUGGAUGGGGCAACAAGAGAUAAUGGACCAGUUCUACAAAUUGCCAAUCGUGUCAAAGCCAUCGUAACAUAUUUUAAACAAUCUGUAAACGCAAUGGAAGAUUUACGAGCAGAGCAAGAGGGAACAAAGAAAGAGGGAGAAGUGUUACCACUUAUACAAUCAGUAAGCACAAGGUGGAAUUCUUGUCUUGACAUGUUGGGAAGAUUUAAUACAUUAUCAGCUAUUGUGGCUAAGAUUUUGGCAACCAGGCGAAAUGCACCUGAUAUGAUAACUUCUUCAGAGUUAAGUGUCAUACGAGAUCUUAUAAUGUUGCUUACCCCAUUUAAGCAAGCUACUGAAGAAAUUAGCGGCGAUCAGUACGUAACUUCUAGUUUAGCGAUUCCUAUUGCAAACUUACUUCAGAAAGGACUUGAACAAAUGAAACCUUCCACCGAAUUUGGUGUUGUUGUUCAGAAAAGUUUGCUAAACUUAGUUAUUGCCAAACUAGAACCACUAGAGCGACAUUUACAUCUUGCUAAAGCAACAAUUUUAGACCCUCGCUUUAAGCGUAUUCAUUUUAAUUCCGCUCUGGCUGUUUCCAAGAAGAAGCUUAGAAAUACGUUUAGAACAUAG